UGCAGAGGAAGUUCUGCAAAUCAGAGGAGAUGAAACCGAUAGCAUUUAUUUGGCUGGUCUUCGUGGGACCUUACUGCCAGUUUGGUCAUAGAUUCAUUUAUAUGUAACUACAGGCUAGAAUAGAAUAGACCCAUAUAUACUGUAGGCAAAACCGGUCCUGUGUGUAGAUUAUAUUCCAGGGACUCGGCUGAAGUCAUCUGUCAGAAUACAGCAGGAGUCGGUGUGCGGAGAGUCCCUGCACUAGCCCGGCAGGAUAUCAUCCAGGCACAGCCAUGCCUGCUCCCAGCCCUCGAUAAGCUGCACAUGUUUUUGGGAGGAGGGAGCUGGUUUUCUUACCUUGCCCCAGCUGCAGACUUCUCACGACGGAUGCAGGCUCACAAUGUGAAUCAGACAGACGCGCCGCAGCAGCCUAGGGAGACGAGCAGCUUUUGGCCUGUCUUUUGUGCGGUGAAAUCUGGGGAUUAAAGAGAAAGAGAGGAAGACGGACUCGAUUAAAAUGCCAUCCAAAGGGAAAUAUCUAAUCAAGGACAACGAGAACUGGAUGAUUACGCAUUCACUUUACGAAAAGUACCAGUGCAUAAGCCAGCACUAUCCACUGCUGCUCAUUUUACUGUUUGUGGUGGGGACGGCUUGUGUGACUCUGAUCGUCAUCUUCUUCACGACCAACAAAGAUCCCUCCAAGCACCUCGCCUUUAUAAUUGUAGUGUUCGUGGCCCUGGUGAUAUUCGGCACUCUCUACGUUUUGGUGUACACAGAAUCAUUUGUGCGAAAGUGGCUGCAAGUCUUUUCCUUGGUGAUCUACACGUGCCUUCUAACCAUUGGAUAUGUAUUAAUUUAUGAUCCAAACAACGUCCAGACAUGGGACCAGGUGCCCUUCUUCCUGUUUAUAACGUUCUCGGUGUACACCAUGCUGCCCUUGGGGAUGCGAGGCUGCCUGAUCAUCAGCAUCCUCUCCGGAAUGUCCCACAUUGUUGUCAUUAGUAUCACAGUCAUGACGUACCCAAACACCCGUGACACCAUUGCAUUUGAGCUUAUUGCAAAUGCUAUUAUAUUCCUCUGUGGGAAUCUGAUGGGAGCAUUUCACAAGUACCACAUGCAGGAUGCCUCCAGAGAUCUGUACAGCUACACAGUGAAGUGCAUUCGGGUAAAGAUGAAACUGGAAAUGCAAAAGAGGCAGCAGGAGAGCCUUCUGUUGUCCGUACUGCCCGUCUAUAUUUCAAUGGAGAUGAAGUUGGCUAUUCAGGACAGACUAAAGGAAACCAACGACAAUCGCCAGCCAGACAAAAACUUCCAUAGCUUAUAUGUAAAGCGGCACCAAAAUGUCAGCAUUCUGUAUGCAGAUAUCGUGGGCUUCACUCGACUUGCCAGUGACUGUUCACCAAAGGAACUUGUGGUCAUGCUGAAUGAGCUGUUCGGAAAGUUUGACCAGAUAGCUAAGGAAAAUGAAUGUAUGAGGAUUAAGAUUUUAGGGGAUUGCUAUUACUGCGUCUCUGGCCUACCAGUGUCCUUACCUAACAACGCAAAGAACUGUGUCAAAAUGGGGCUGGAUAUGUGUGAAGCAAUAAAACUGGUGAGAGAAGCUACAGGGGCGGAUAUCAACAUGCGGGUUGGAGUGCAUUCUGGCAAUGUUCUCUGUGGAGUUAUUGGACUGCGAAAGUGGCAGUUUGACGUUUGGUCACAUGAUGUCUCAUUAGCCAAUCGCAUGGAAUCAGCAGGAGUACCGGGUCGAGUUCACAUCACCGAAGCAACAUUGAGGCACUUGAAUGGAGCCUACUGUGUAGAAGAUGGACAUGGGGAGCUCAGAGACCCCUACUUGAAAGAAAUGAACAUUAAAACCUACCUAGUCAUUGAUCCAAGAUCAAAAGAACGCCAGAUCCAGAACCACCACAUUGCCAGGACGCGAGUAAAUGAUGGUCUAAAGGUUCGACCGUCAGUCCGCAUGACAAGAUAUUUGGAAUCAUGGGGGGCAGCAAGACCUUUCUCUCAUCUUGACUCCACUGAGCCCUCUACCACUGUGACACCUGUUACAAAUGGAAAGCCAAAACGGGAAAUUGCUCUGCAAAGUAUGGGGUGCCAGGUUAAUACAGAAAGGACUGUUUCACAAAAACGGAACCAGGAGGAAGAACUUCAUGACAGAAUGCUGAACACAAUCGAUGGCCUCAGUUCGGUGAAGCCCUGGUUUGGGAAAUCUGAUGACUUUUAUGCAUUCCUACUUUUUUUCACUGCUGAUGGUCUAGAAAGAGAGUAUCGCACCAUCAGAAUUCCGAAGAUCCGAAAUUACUUCCUGUGUGCCAGUGUUGUGUUCUUCUGCAUAUUCUUAGUUCAAAUUUUGGUUAUGCCAAGGAGUGUGAAGCUGGGGGUUUCGUUUGCUGUGGUGUUCGUAUUAAUCCUUUGCGCACUACUAAUCUGCUAUGCAGACAAGGGCGUGCGUUUCUGUGACGAGAGUUCGCCCAUGUCACAUGUCUUAUGUUCAAUAGCUGAAAAUGUGGAGACGAAACCACUAGUGCGAGUUCUUUUAGCAGCGCUGACCAUUGGAGCCCUGCUGGUGAUUGCCAUUCUUAAUCUGCCUCUAGAUGACGCUCUACAGAACUGCAAUGGGUCGAGCCCAGAAACAGAUGCUUGUCAAAGUAUACCUUAUUAUAUCUACUGCUGUAUUUUGGGCUUCAUUGCAUGUUCUGUAUUCCUACGAAUGAGCUUCGAACUUAAGAUGCUCCUGUUAUCAGCCGCCUUCAUCGUGUACAACGUGAUCAUCUUCCAUACGCACUCAGACUUGUUCAGGGGAGCCUUCCCAACCAAAAGUAAUUCUGGGAUCCUGAAAGACCUGCAGCAGAUGUCCUGCUUUUACCUUUCUUUAUUCUACGUGACACUCGUCUUAUUGGCGAGGCAGGUUGACUAUUACUCUAGGCUAGAUUGUUUGUGGAAGAAGAAAUUCAGGAAGGAAGAUGAGGAGAUUGAAACGAUGGAGAAUCUAAAUCGUCUUCUACUAGAGAAUGUACUUCCCGCACACGUGGCUGCAUAUUUCAUUGUGGACAACAAAAUGAAUGAGGAUCUCUACCACCAGUCGUAUGACUGCGUCUGUGUGAUGUUCGCCUCCGUGCCAGAGUUUAAGGUCUUCUACACAGAGUGUGAUGUCAAUAAAGAAGGCCUGGAAUGCCUGCGGCUUUUAAAUGAGAUUAUAGCCGAUUUUGAUGAGCUUCUAAUGAAACCAAAAUUCAGCGGUGUGGAGAAAAUAAAGACAAUUGGAAGUACGUACAUGGCAGCAACAGGUCUAACGGUAACCCCUGGACAAGAAAAUAACCAGGACCAGGAAAAAAAGAACGCACAGAUAGGAAUCACUGUGGAAUAUGCCAUGGCGCUAAUGCAAAAGCUGGAUGGAAUCAAUAGGCAUUCUUUUAAUAACUUUCGCCUGCGUGUAGGGAUAAACCACGGGCCUGUCAUUGCUGGAGUGAUCGGGGCUAGAAAACCACAAUAUGACAUUUGGGGGAAUACAGUGAAUGUGGCCAGCAGGAUGGAGAGCACAGGAGAACUUGGAAAAAUCCAGGUGACAGAAGAGACGUGCCGUAUUUUGGAAGGCUUAGGUUAUUCCUGUGAGUGCCGAGGACUGAUCAACGUUAAAGGGAAGGGAGAGCUCAGGACGUACUUUGUUUGCACAGACAUGGCCAAAUCCCAGAGCAUUGCAAUGAACUGACUUUGCACGUGUUAUUUCUUUGUGGAUUUAAAAUGUUUGGAGCGUGCGUGCUGCCUAAUUUUACAUGAAGACUUUGCCAAGUAAUUAGCUCAUUCCGAUGGAAGAGAUGCCUUUUACUGGACCAUUGGCAUGGCUGUAAUAUCCUGCACUGGAAGUGCCGGGAGAAUAUUACACAAAGCGUACUACAUAUACAGUAUUUCUUACCCAACAGUGGAAUGCCAGAGGACGGGUGGUUCAUACCUCAAAGUUAUGACUCUGCAGGACCUUGUUUUUUUUAGAAACUCUUUCCUAGGUUGUUUCUACAGGACUGUAAUUGCUUCUCUUGGAAACAGAACGCAGAUGAGUAAUAAUGAAAGGGCCUCAACAGUGAUAAUACAUAUCAAUGCCACAGGUGAACCCUUUGUUGGGAGGCAAUAACAGUAGUGAUCAUACAUAGAUGUCAGCAGGUGAAUGGAUGCCCCGGCCGGGUAAGAACAACUUGGUGAGGUCAACAGAGAAAUGAACAGUCUGCUUCCCUUAAAAGGGCUGUCCCAUGACAAACACUUAUCCCUUAGUUAAGUGUCUGAUUGGUGGGGUCCAAUCACUCUUUGGGGCCACCACCGAUCAUUGGAAAUUAGGUGUCUGAUUGGUGGGGUCCAAUCAUUCUUUGGGGCCACCACUGAUCAUGAGAAAUUAGGUGUCUGAUUGGUGGGGUCCAAUCAUUCUUUGGGGCCACCACUGAUCAUGAGAAAUUAGGUGUCUGAUUGGUGGAGUCCAAUCAUUCUUUGGGGCCACCACUGAUCAUGAGAAAUUAAGUGUCUGAUUGGUGGGGUCCAAUCACUCUUUGGGGCCACCACUGAUCAUGUCUGAUUGGUGGGGUCCAAUCACUUUGGAACCACCACCGAUCAUGGGAAAUUAGGUGUCUGAUUGGCAGGGUCCAAUCACUCUUUCGGGGCCGCUACCAAUGAUGAGAACAGAGAUUCCAUGUUCCCUCAUUUGAAUGGAGGGCGUUCACACUUGCACACUGCCGAUCGAUCUAGCUCUAUGGGACUGUUGAAGAUAGCUGAGUUAUAGUAUGAUGGGUGAUAAUGAUAACCCAUUGUUUGACUGUAGGGCAAAGGAACAAUGAUUAUGUAUGAGAGAUUUAAUGGCGGAAUGAUUUUUAUUUUUUUAUCAAGCUUCACUGAUUUUAGCUCUCAAGUCAAUACAGUUGGGUGAGUAUAGUACAUACGACUCUAUAUUUACCAGUUUUAUACUAUUAGGCCUUAUGUGCACAGCCUUACCAUGGAUCCUUAAUAAGUCGCCCAGAGUCUGCUCUAGAUUCGUAUUGUACUUCUGUGUUUGCUGACUUUAUACACAGAAAGCUUUAGUGGUAUUAUUAUAUUUUUUUUUUACAUUUAGCAUUAAGUUUGAGAAAGUUUAAAAAAAAGUUUAAUUAAAAACAUGCAAGCUCCAAAUAUAUAAAAAAUAGAGGGGUAAAGGGGAGGUGUAUAGUAUUGAAAGCCAUGACUUCCCAUUCACUGCCAUGGAGCAAGAAAUACAUAGGAAUUCACACAGAUAAAUGCGCCAACUGAUGUCAAAUACUUUUUAAGCUACUGUCCUUGCAGCCAGAAGAAAUGUCACAGUCUGUGGUUAUAUUAAUCAGCAGUGCUGUGGGUUAAUAAUGUAAGUUUAUGUGUGUGUAUACCGUCAUGCACUUGUGUGGCAAUAUGCGGGCUUCCAAAAGUGUUCCCAGUAACCUCAGUGUCAUGGAUUGAAUCAAAUAAAUGUGAAACAAAUCAGCAGAGAACAUUGGCUGGAGCCCUGGCGUGUGCCGCUCUGCAGAGCUCCAGGGUCCCCCCACACUGGUACCUCCAGUAUUGCUGGUGUGCUCCUCUCCACCUGGGAGUUUACCCUCGUGAUGUACAAGCAGUUUUCUAUUUCAUCAUCGCAUAAGAGUCAUAACUUCUUUUUUUUGCAACCACAUACGGUAACCAUUUAGGGGUGGAUAUAAUUUAUAAUUUUUUUUGUUUUUCAUUUUUCUGGUGUUUACUGUGCAGUAUAAAUAACAUGUAACCUGAUGCGUCAGUACAGUUGGUGCAAUACCAAAUCCAUAUAGUUUUUGUAUGUUUAACUACUUUUGCACAAUUAAAAUUUUAGCAAAAAAAUAUAUUUGUCACCCAUUACCUUUUUUUUUUUUUUUUCAGUUGACGGAGAUGUGUGAGGACUUA